GUAAACCCAGAAAUAUUUUUUUGUUUAUCCAUUUUUUGUGCGUAUACGAUUUUUUUUAAAUCUUUUUGCAUUCCAGUUUCUUUAAAUAGAACAGUUAUUUUUAUGUGAAUAGAAAAUUAAAGUAGAAUUGUAACUUCAUACACACGUUGUAUUUUAUAUUUGAACCGUCCAUUGCUAACAAUAAAGCCGACAAAAUGGCAUUUAAACCUAUUGAUCCCAAACGAGAUGAAUACAGACGCUACUUGGAGCGUGGUGGAAUAAUUGAAUCUCUAACGAAAGUGUUUGUACGCAUCCUUAAAGAACGUCCAGAAGAUCCCACCCAAUAUUUGCUUCAGAACUUAGGCGAUGCGCGACUUCAAGCCGACAAUAUUGCUUAUUUACAGAGUGAGUUGGAGGAUGCCCGUAAUGAAAUCCAACGUUUAACGGAAAUUAUUCGAGGCAUCAAUCCAGAUUUGCUAGUCGAACCACCCUCCAAUAACGAUUCCAACAGCAAUGAUAACCUUAACGAAAGCAUUGCCGCUAAAGACGAGGCUGAAGAUGCAACUUUACAAACAUCGGUCGAGCAAAAUCCACCACAACCAAUUGGUGAAUAUUCGGAAGUUGUAGCUCUGGAGGAAGGUCUACAAAACACCCAUAUUGUAGAGUCAAAUGCACAAGCUGUUGCUGGUGGUGAUGCUGUGCAAAACGAAAUAGUUUCUAGUGCCGACUAAAAUUUAUGAAUAUUGUCACACAGUUCGGUUUGCAUUGAUAAAUCGAUUACAUACUAUAAAUAGUACAUACAUAUAUGACUUUAUUUUAAACUCAAAUAUGUUUUAGUAAUGCUUUAAGAAGUUUUGAUCCAAAUAUGGAUUUAAAAUAUAUACUAGAAAUUACAAAA